AUGCUGGAGAAUAUGUCCAGACGUAACCGCUCCCUGCUGUCUCUGUCCCUCACCUCUCUGGCCCUCACCCUGUCCGUCUCGGCCUUCUGCACCUCCUACUGGUGCGAGGGAACGCACAAGGUGGUGAAGCCGCUCUGCCUGUCGCCAGUCAAGAUGAAGAACUGCGGGCAGAACAACAGCCAACCAUACACCACAGAGGCCCCAACCCCGGACCCCAGGAACCCGGCCUCCAACGUGACGCUGUCUCCGCUACAGAAAGAGGAGCUGGCCAGGAUAAAGAAGAAGCAGCUGGCCAACGCCGUCCACUACAUCUGGGAGACGGGCGAGGACAAGUACAUGCUGCGCUACUUCCACACCGGUUUCUGGCUCUCCUGUGAGAAGCACAAUGAAGGUGAUGAUCAGGAAGAAAAGUGUCGCAGCUUCAUUGAGCUGACGCCAGGAGAAACACAAGGCGUCCUCUGGCUCUCCGUCAUCAGUGAGUUCAUGUACAUCGGUCUUCUGGCCAUGGGUUUCCUGCUGAUGUGUGUGGAAGUGAUUUGCCUCUGUGCCAAGAGGGAGAUGAACGCCCUCAAGAUCAACGCCUUCGCCGCCAUGUGCACCGUCCUCUCAGGUAUGAUGGGGAUGGUAGCACACAUGAUGUACACCACGGUGUUUCAGAUGACUGUCAGCAUCGGGCCCAAAGACUGGAGGCCACAGACCUGGGACUACGGAUGGUCCUUUGCCAUGGCGUGGCUGUCGUUCAGCUGCUGCAUGGCGGCCGCCGUGGCCACACUCAACUCCUACACGAAGACCAUCAUCGAGAUGAAGCAUCGGGCCCGGGUGAGGCUGGACGAGGCCCGAGCCGCCGCCCACGCACCCUCCUAUGAGGAGGUCGUUCGAGCCGGUGGCGGAGGGGUUUACUCCGUCAGCCAGCUGAUUCAGCUCGGCCAGCAGGGGGCGCUCAUAGACCCGCUGUGGCCCAGAGGAGUGGGACCAGCUGUCGGACCUCUGGCAUGUGGAGCUGGGGGAGCGUUGCUCGUUGGCGGAGGAGGAAUUGGAGUUGGGGGGAUGGGAAUGGGAGGAGUUGGAGGGAAUGGGGUUGGAAUGGGAGUGGGAGCAGUAGGAGGAGUUGGGGGAAUGGGUGUGGGAACAGUGGUGGCAUUGGGAGGAGUGGGAGGCAUUGGAGUGGGCAUGGGAAGGCUGGUGGACCCUCAUGGCGUGGUGGUUGUGGAGGGAUGCAGCGCCGAAGGAUGUGAAGACUGUGAACGGGAGAUGGACGAGAUAGAUUACGCUCUGCAGGAGGAGAGAGAGGACUCACUCUGCUAAAAUUUUGGGGGGUGGAGAACUGUGACGAACAGCUUGUCGGGACUGAAACUACAGUCCAAGACUACGAGACUUGAACACACACCAAACAUACCUUUGUAUAUAUGCAGUUCAGAAAUGAAAUUGUAGCACGAUGUGUUUCUAGACUGUUUUCAAGUUUGCAGCAGUUACACCAUGGUAAUUUCAAGCUGUGUCAUUGGAUUCCUUGACCACUAGAAGGCAUUUAGACUCCAAAACCAACUCACAGACUUGCAGAUCUGAUUCGCUGUUGGUUCCCCACGUUGUUACGGCCAACAAGUGAGCAGAGAAGUACCUACUUACACAUGCAGAGCAAGCAUUAUUAUCCCAUUGUUGUUGUGUUUCUGGCCACCCAGUAUUCACUCGCCAACCUUCGGGCAAGUAGCGUAGAUGAGGCCCGGUUUGUUCGAACUUGUUUGACUGAAACUUUCAUGAGGAGGGUUUGUGAGAGCAGUGCGAGUCUACAGUCUGUGCAGUGUAGGAAGCAAGACAACUGGCUAAAAGACACUAAAACCUGCAGAGUUGGGUGUUUAUUCUCAUUGGGUUCAGCCCUACUAGUGACUCCGCUGUGCUGUCGACUUGGCUGGUAAAGUUGUCGAUAUUAACAUAAAAAUAAAGCUCUCUGAAGCUUUAAAAGGUUUACUCCUGGAUGUCUUUAAAACACACAACAGUGCCCAUCAAACCCCGCAGAAGGAGCUGCAGCAGUUGGAGUGACAGGAUGACCGAACCACGUACUCUAUGUGCAAAAAAACGUAGGAAGUGUUGGUAAGAAACCAUUUGCU